UUCUGAUAACAUUGAAAUGCCUCAGCCGCCGCAAAAUGUUUGUUUAGUGUUUCAUUUUCACCCGGUCAAGAUCGGCCAGUAGACCAAAUAUGCAGAUGCCCACCAAAUCGGAUUCGCGCCUUCGUCUGAACGCGGGGGGUGGAAGUUCCCAGCCAGCAGCCUCUGGGGAGUACAUUAAGGUGGUGGAGACAGAAUGCGAGACAGAUGGAUUCGUCAAUGAACAGUGGGUGGAACCGGCUGUACCCGGUCCAGUUCCCUGGAAAACCAUUGUCAUUAUCCUAUUGCUUUUCAUCGGUGGCAUUAUCUGCAUUGCCUUCGCCACCCUGAAUUGGUUGACGGAUACGAGCCGGGAGCGAUCGGAUCGCGUGUGGGCGCUUGGCAUCAUCGGGGCACUGACCUUCAUCCCGGGUAGCUACUACGUUUAUGUGCUCUCCUGCAUUAUGCUCAAACGCAACGGAUUCACCAUGGACGAGAUACGAAGACUCGGAUGAGAAAAAGUUCAAGCCAAAUCCCAUGUUUCGUCAAAUAGAGUUUUAUUGCGUUUACACUACAGUUACUCACACAUUUCAUUGGCAUAAUUUCUUUAGCAACAAUCUUAAUUUGUAGUUAAUAAUGAUACAUGUGUAUUGCCCCAGUAAUUGUAUAAAAAUAUUUUGUAAAUACGAGUUUGUUAUCAAAAUGUAUAAUGCUUGGCGUGGCUUUUAGUGCGCGGAACAUUUGCUAUCUAUAUAAAUAUACCACGGCGUAACGCUUGUUUAAAUA